AUGGCGACGCCCUGCCGCAUCCGCCGCCUGCUCGUCCUGCUCGCCGCCGUCGCCGUCGCGGCGUCUCACCCGGCACACGAGUUCUGCGCGGCCGCGGGAGGAGGAGGAGGAGGCGCCGGCGGCUGCGGAGGAGGAGGGGACGGCACGAGGAUCCUGAUCAAGGGCGGGACGAUGGUGAACGCGCACCGGGCGGAGGAGGCCGACGUCUACAUCGAGGACGGCGUCGUCGUCGCCGUCCGGCCGAACAUCCCGGUUGGUGACGAUAAUGUCAAAGUGAUCGAUGCAACCGGAAAAUAUGUCAUGCCAGGUGGAAUUGACCCGCACACCCACCUGGAGAUGGAGUUCAUGGGAACUGUAACCAUAGAUGACUUCUAUAGUGGUCAUGCAGCAGCCCUGGCUGGUGGGACGACAAUGCACAUUGACUUUGUCAUUCCAGUGAAUGGAAACUUGACUGCAGGCUUGGAAUCCUACAAACACAAAGCAGAAAAAUCUGCUAUGGAUUAUGGAUUUCACAUGGCCAUUACCAAGUGGAAUGAUGAGGUUUCAAGGGAAAUGGAAGUGAUGGUCAAGGAACAUGGGAUCAAUUCUUUCAAGUUCUUCAUGGCAUAUAAAGGUUCAUUGAUGGUGACGGACGACCUCCUCCUUCAAGGCUUACAGAAAUGCAAGUCUCUUGGUGCACUGGCUAUGGUUCAUGCAGAGAACGGGGAUGCUGUUGCUGAGGGACAGCAGCGGAUGAUUGAUCUUGGGAUAACUGGUCCAGAAGGGCAUGCUCUCUCAAGACCUCCAGUUUUGGAAGGCGAAGCAACUUCACGGGCAAUUCGAUUAGCAAAAUUCGUCAAUACACCGUUGUAUGUUGUUCACGUGAUGAGCACUGAUGCAAUGGAGGAGAUUGCCAAGGCUAAAAGAGAAGGCCAGAGAGUCAUUGGUGAACCUGUGGUAUCUGGGCUAGUCCUUGAUGAUUCUUGGCUUUGGGAUCCUGACUUCGCAACUGCUUCAAAGUAUGUGAUGAGUCCUCCAAUCCGGGAAGCGGGGCAUAAUAAAGCGCUUCAAGCUGCUCUUUCAUCAGGGAUAUUACAGCUUGUGGGAACUGAUCAUUGCACCUUCAAUUCCACUCAGAAAGCUUUCGGUUCUGAUGAUUUCAGGAAGAUUCCCAAUGGCGUAAAUGGUAUUGAAGAAAGGAUGCAUAUAAUUUGGGAUAGCAUGGUGGAGACCGGCAAGAUCACAGUCACCGAUUAUGUGAGAGUGACAAGCACAGAAUGUGCCAAGAUCUUCAACAUAUACCCGCGAAAAGGAGCAAUCCUCGAGGGAUCUGAUGCAGACAUCAUCGUCCUGAACCCCAAGAGGAGCUUCGCAAUGGGCACGCGCACACACCAUACGAGGUCCGACACGAACGUGUACGAGGGCAGGAAAGGAAAGGGAAUGGUAGAGGUGACCAUCUCAAGAGGGCGAGUGGUGUGGGAGGAUGGCAAUCUGAACGCCGUGCCCGGUGCAGGAAGAUACGUCAGGACACCGCCUUUCGGAUACCUCUUCGACGGCCUUGACAAGUCGGACGCCGUCUACAGGGCUUCCCUCCGAGCACCUGUACAGCGUGGUGAGGCUGCUGCUGCUGCUGCUUAA